CAGUUUCUCUCUUUUUCCAGUUUCUUUUCUCACAGAGUUAUACAACCUCUAAAUUCUAAACCCAUUGAUCAUUCUUGUGGUCUUGGCCGAACAUUUGAGUUCCCCACGUUAUCUUCCCCAAUUUCCCCCGCCAUCAAGAAUCUAGUCACCAUGGCCAAGAUCAAGACCAUUGAAUAUUUCCGUGUCCUCCCCAGAUGGCUCUUCGUCAAAGUUGUAGAUGAGGAUGGGAACUACGGCUGGGGCGAAAGUACCCUGGAAGGUCACACAGAGGCUGUCGAAGGAACACUCAAUGCGCUGUGCAAACGCUUCAUAGGUUACGAAGCCGAUGAUAUUGAGCAUAUCUGGCAGAUGGCCUGGCGUCUCGGCUUCUACCGCGGCGGCCCCGUCUUCAUGUCCGCAAUUUCUGGUAUAGACAUCGCCCUCUGGGAUCUCAAGGGCCGCAGACUCGAUGUCCCCAUCCAUCAACUCAUCGGAGGAAAGGUUCGCAACAAGCUCUCCGUCUACGCCUGGAUCGGCGGAGACCGGCCCGGUGAGGUCGAAGCAGCUGGCAAAGCCCGCCUGGCACAGGGAUUCAAAGCGAUCAAGAUGAACGCCACAGAGGACGUGAACUGGCUGGAUUCGCCGCGCGUACUGGAGUCGAGCGUUGAGCGUCUGAAGGCAGUCAAGGCGCUGGGCCUCGACGCCGCGCUGGACUUCCAUGGGCGUCUACACAAGCCCAUGGCGAAACAGCUGGCUAAGGCGCUCGAACCACACAAGCCCCUUUUUCUGGAGGAGCCCCUGCUCUCUGAGCACCCAGAGAGCAUUAAGCAGUUAUCUGAUCUGGUGUCGUGUCCUAUUGCGUUGGGUGAGCGUCUUUACAACCGCUGGGACGUCAAGCGUUUUCUGGAGGAUGGUAGUGUCGAUGUCCUCCAGCCUGAUAUUAGCCACUGCGGGGGUAUCUCUGAGAUACGACGCAUUGCUUCCAUGGCUGAAACUUAUGAUGUUGCUAUCGCGCCCCAUUGUCCUCUUGGUCCCAUUGCAUUGGCUGCUUGUAUGCAGGUUGAUCUUGCUACUCCUAACUUCGUCAUUCAGGAGAUGAGCUUGGGGAUUCAUUAUAAUACUGAAGCCGGUGACUACGAUAUCACGAGCUAUGUCAAGGAUGCUAGUGUUUUCGAUGUCAAGGAUGGCUAUGUUGAUGCUCUCACUGCGCCGGGGCUCGGUAUUGAGGUCGAUGAGGAGACUGUCCGGCGUGUGGCGCAGAACUCCGAGCCCUGGCAGCCGAAGGAAUUCUUUGGUCCAGACGGAGGCAUCCGGGAAUGGUAAUGUAUUCUCACUCUGGAAUGGUUAUAUGGCACUUUUUCUUGCAUAGCGGUACGGGUAUAGACGGGCUGGGAAUGAUUGUACGCCAGGGCAAUUAUUUAUUAAGUCAUUGAAUGU